CAUUGUUUUCCAGUUGUAGUGAGGAUUUUACUUACUUACUUACCUUUCCUGUCCGGGCUCAUGAGGACUCUUGAGGCCAGAAUGAGGAUUUUAGGCAAACAUUAAUGAACGGGCAUAUGAGACUUUUUAAUAUUGUGUGUAAUUUAAUCAUUCUGAGUUGAGAAGACGGCAAAAUGAUCAUGAUACAUAACGCAGCACUGUGGGUAAUAAAAUCGGUGUAAACAGGUGAAAGACCAUGUGAAUAAUCUAUAAUCCCAGGCAGCUGAAGCCGCCUCUCCAAUGACCAGGUUCCAGUUAUACCUCUCAAGGGAUCGUUUCACGGUUCGGCGCAUGUCCAAGCCUUGGCGUGAGCGUAGAGUACCUUUUCUGACUGACCACAUGUAGUGCAGGCAGUCAAAAAGAAUUGGACUUUCUUGGCCCAUACGCGCCCGCGCACAAGUCAGUGGUGUUACGCAAGAGAACAAAAUGGCGGUCAAGUCUUGCUGUACUUGUAAGAUUGGACCUUCUAUUUUAAAUGCCGAUCUUUCGUGCUUGGCAGAUGAAUGCCACAAGCUGCUAGAAUGUGGCGCCGACUACUUGCAUCUGGACGUAAUGGACGGCCAUUUUGUGCCAAAUUUGACAUUUGGGGCACCCUUGGUGAAGUGCUUGCGGAAAAAGGUCCCUAAUGCAUUUUUUGAUAUGCACAUGAUGGUUGCAAAUCCAGAGAAGUGGGUAGAUGAUAUAGCUGAUGCCGGGGCAGACCAGUACACUUUUCACUUGGAAGCAACAGAUAAGCCAGUAGACUUGAUAAACCAAAUCAAGAAAGCAGGAAUGAAGGUUGGUAUAGGCAUCAAACCCAACACACCAGUGGAGUCUGUUUUACCAUUUGUGGAGCUAGUGGAUAUGGUUCUUAUAAUGACUGUCGAGCCAGGAUUUGGUGGUCAAAAAUUCAUGGCGGACAUGAUGCCAAAGGUUAAAUAUCUACGUACCAAGUACAAAGUUUUGGAUAUUGAAGUAGAUGGAGGAGUGGGAAUCCCAACUAUUGAAGCAGCUGCUCAGGCUGGUGCCAACAUGAUUGUCUCUGGUAGCGCUGUUGUCAAGAGUGAUAAACCAAAGGAGGUGAUCGAUUCCUUAAGAGCGACAACUGAAAAGUGGAUUAAGAUAAAUUUUGAAGCAAGUCAAUGGCCGUUUUCAUAGUAAAGACGCAUGAUCCAUCUGGACGAACUUGGACAAACUUUUGUAGUUCAUCUGGUUAUGCGUCUCUAGUGUAAAGAUGCGCACAAAACAUAUUUUGCGUCAAGACAAACUCUCUCUCGUAGUGCGACGUUCAAGAUGCAUUUUGAGGGAUAGUUCGUCUACACAUAUAAUGCGUCUUGUGUCCAUCUAUACUAAUACACUAAAGACGCAUAACCAGACGCCCAUGUUUGUUCAGACGGAGAAUGCGUCUUUAGUAUUAAAACGGUGAGGAUGCAUUAUCCUUCUGGACGGAUAAUGCGUCCUCUACUUUAAAAACAGCCAAUGGACACAGGGAAUCAACUUCACUAGGGUUAUCUUUAUCCGAUGUCAAAUUUAGCUGACAGUCAUCACAGUUGUAUAUAAUAAAUACAGGUAGUACUAAUUUCUAACAAUGAAAUUAAAUGGAAGAUUCUGGAACAUCCAGGUUUGAAGUGACUUAAACAUUUCAACUUGUUUUUUCAAAACAUUAAAAGUACUUUGAUCUUGGUGCUACAUGAAAACAAGAGCCAAGAAAAAAAAUUGUUUUGUUUUGUUUUCUUUUUUGUUUGAAAAACAAACCAAUUUAAAAAGUGGUUUGACAGAGCAUAAGUUACAUCUCAAAUGUUGUUAAAAAAUUGCAGUGUAUGGUCUGCAAAUUCACAGCUUCCUAAAGGUAGAGCCAAGUUUGCAACUGUUGAGGAAGCAAUUUGUUUCGCAAAGAGUUUACCCCUUUAGGACUUCAUUUUAUGCAGUGCAGUGAUUUGUAAAGUUAUCCUGCAAAUAAUACUCAACUGUUAGUUACACUUAAAUACUACACAGUGUAAUAGCAGCUCAAUUUUAGUCUCGCAGUUCUGGAGCUAACAGUAAAUGAGCUUUGGAUAGAAUUUCGUUUAAAGAAUUAUUUUGACUUUUAAUUUCAUAAAAAGGGAACCUGCACCAAAUGCCAAAAAACAACCAAGUUUUGAAAUAAUUGCUUUUUCAAAUAACUACAGCUUGAACAAACAUCAAACAACAAGUUGUUUAUAUUACUUUAUAUUGUUUAUUAUUUACUCCAGCAGUUCACAUAUAACUACCUCUACAAAAUGUGCACAAAAUUAUUUAAUACCCAAACAAUGCUACAUGUAUUUUUUUAUUGUGACUGGAAAAUUUGCAGCCACUUGUCUCUUCCAGAGCAUGAGCAGAUAUAAUAGUUCCAAAUUCUGCAUUCAAUUAAAAUAUAUUAAAAUGCCAUUGUUUACAAUAACUACCAGUUAAGUGCGCAAUUAUUUUUUUGUUGUACAAGAAAGGUAAGCCGUUAGAAUUCAUUCCUUCCAUUUUAGCAAAUUUAAUUAAUACAUGUAAAGCACUGGUGGAGAUUUUGUUGAAUAUUUUAACACUUCCACACAACCUCUGAUUGCUUUUAAAUACUUAGCAUUUAACACCAAUACAUGUCUUUACAGGUGAAAAAUACCUACUCGCCAUAUAAAUUAGUAAUAAAAACGUUUUACUUGAA